AUGCGGGUGGCCCUGUUGGCCGUAGUGGUGCUCAGCGCCAGUCUGGACCUGAGGACCGAGGGUGCCGCUUUGACCGAAAUCCAUCAGGCAGGAUACUGUGCCUUCUAUGGCAACUGUGGUUUGAACCCUGAAAUUGGAUCUGGACUCAUCCCGCACAAAGUGCCCUGUAUCUCCAACACCCCGGCCCGGCCAGUCAAGGGCUCCCACCUCAACCUCUUGAAGAAGAUCUGCCCAAUGCUGUUCAAGGGAGAGGGCAGCACCUACGCCUGCUGCUCACUGGAGCAGUUAAGGGAUAUGGAGAACAGCUUAUCACUGACCAAGGCUGUCUUGUCUCGCUGCCCAGCCUGCACGGAGAACUUUUCCAGCAUCCACUGCCAGAACAUCUGCAGCCCAAACCAGAGCUUGUUCACCAACGUCACCCGCUACUUCAAUCACACCAUCCUGAACGUUCCAGUCAAGGGAUUGCUGGAGUUUCAAUGUUACUACAACCAGCAGUUUGCCGAGAAAGUUUUUCAGUCGUGCCAGGGAGUCAGGAUGCCAGCCACCGGAGACUAUGUCGUAAGCGCCAUGUGCGGCAAGUACGGGGCGGCUGCGUGCAACACUCAGCGAUGGCUCGAUUUCCAAGGCGACACAAGCAAUGGGUUGGCCCCCUUAGCCAUCUCCUAUCAACUGACACCAAUGGACUGGGCAGCCGAGGAGGGAAGCAUUCUGCCACUCAAUGACUCAGUCUGGAAAUGCAGUGAGGCUGUAAAUAACAGCACGACGUGCUCCUGUUCGGACUGUGAACAGUCGUGUCCGGCCAUCCAGCUUCCUCCUUCCAAAUACCAGCCCUUCAAAGUGGGGAGCAUGGACGGGAUCCUGUUUGUCUCCAUCCUUCUCUUUAGUGUUGUUGCACUGUCGUUUAUGUCCUUGCAGCUGUGGCAAAGACGCUCCUCAUCUGGGAAGCAAAAGGGUCACAGCAGAGAAGAUACCGUGACUAAGUUGACCGCCUCCGAGAAGGCAAGUCAGGUCAUGUACGAGUUCUUAGUUAAGGCCUUCAGCAGGUGGGGCACGUUGGUGGCCUCUAAUCCCAUCAAAGUCAUGAUUGUUUCUCUAGCCCUUGUGGCAGGACUUUCCAGUGGAAUGAUCUGGAUGGAACUCACCACGGACCCUCUGGAGCUCUGGGCCUCUCCAGACAGCCAGGCCCGGCAGGAGAAAGCGCUCUACGAGAAGCACUUCGGGCCCUUCUUCCGGACCAACCAAAUCAUCCUGACAGCCAAGAACCCCUCAGGCCACAUUUACGAUUCUCUUCUUUGGGGCAAGAAGAACUUCAGCGGGGUCCUCUCUAAAGAGGUGCUCCUGGACCUGCUGGACUUGCAGAUCAAGCUGCAGGACCUGAAGAUCUGGUCUGAAGAGCAUCAUAAGAACAUCACCUUGCCGGACAUUUGCUAUGCGCCUCUGAAUCCCCAGAACGCCAGUCUCUCGGACUGUUGUGUCAACAGCCUUUUGCAGUUCUUCCAGAACAAUCGGACCCUCCUGGAUUUGAAAGCCAACCAGACGUUUGGGAAGAAGAAUGGCACAGUCGACUGGAGAGACCACUUCCUUUACUGCAUCCACUCUCCAGCCUCUUUCCAAGAUAUUACGGAGCUCAAGCUGAGCUGUAUGGCCGAAUACGGAGCCCCCGUGUUCCCCUUCCUGGCUGUAGGCGGUUACUCAGGGCUGGAGUACUCCGAAGCAGAAGCUCUCAUCCUCACCUUCUCCUUGAACAACUUUCUCUCCAGCGACCCACGUUCUGACUUUGUGCUGUUGUGGGAGAAGCGUUUCCUGGAGGUGGUACAGGAAUUUCAGAAAAAUCACUCCAAGAAAUACGCCAUUGCCUACAUGGCAGAGCGCUCCCUGGAGGAUGAAGUCAGCAGAACCACCUGGGAGGACCUCCCCAUCUUUGCUAUCAGCUACCUGGUGAUCUUCAUAUACAUCACGGUGGCCCUAGGAGAAUACUCCAGCUGCAGGAACAUCCUGGUGGACGCCAAGCUGUCUCUCGCUCUGGGUGGCAUAGUGGUGGUCCUGGGGGCCGUGCUGUCGUCUUUGGGCUUCUACAGCUUCGUAGGGCUGCCCUCGUCCCUCAUCAUUAUUGAAGUGGUGCCCUUCCUGGUAUUGGCGGUCGGUGCUGAUAACAUCUUCAUCUUUGUGUUGGAACACCAGCAAUCCCAGCCAGUGGCUGGGGAAACACCAGAGCAGCACCUUGGGCGCACUUUGGGCAAUGUUGCCCCCAGCAUGCUCCUGUGCAGCCUCUCUGAAGUCAUCUGCUUCUUCCUGGGGGCCCUGACACCCAUGCCGGCGGUCCAGACUUUCGCCCUCUCUGCAGCCUUGGCAGUCUUGUUCGCCUUCCUGCUCCAGAUGUCACUCUUUGUGGCGUUGAUGUCCCUGGAUAUCCGCAGACAGAAGGCCUCUCGGGUCGAUCUCUGCUGCUGCCUCCGUGUGCCUGAAUGCGACCCCGUGAAGCCCCACGAUGGGCUGCUCCGCACAUUCAUGCGCAAGAUCUACACGCCAGCCUUGCUUGGCAGCAGCGUUGUCCGAGUUCUGGUGGUGCUGCUCUUCACUCUGCUUUUCUGUGCUAGCAUCUACCUGACAUUCCACAUCGAUGUGGGGUUGGAGCAAGAACUGGCGGUACCCCAGGACUCCUACAUGGUGAAGUUCUUCCAAUUUUUCAACCAAUAUUUCAUGGUGGGUGCCCCGACCUUCUUCGUUGCCACUGGUGGCUACAAUUACUCCUCGGUGCCUGGAAUGAACGGUAUCUGUUCCAGUUCUGGGUGUAAUAAUAACUCCAUGAUGCAGAAGAUCCAAAUGGCCACCAAGUUCCCUGAGAAGUACUUCCUGGCCAUUCCUGCUUCUUCCUGGGUCGAUGACUUCAUCGACUGGUUGAAUCCCAUAUCCAGAUGUUGCCGCAUUUACAGUUAUGGCCCUAACAAGGGCAAGUUCUGUCCCUCAACCAUCGACGACUUUGCCUGCACUUUCAGCAAAUGCAUGGGCAGCUUCCAAGGCACCCUCCGGCCAAACGUAGAAGAGUUCAACAAAUUCCUGCCCUGGUUCCUCCAUGACACACCCAACCUCAAGUGCCCCAAGGGGGGCCUCGGGGCUUAUGACACAUCGAUACAUCGGGGGUCCGAUGGGCAGAUCUUGGCUUCACGGUUCAUGGCCUACCACACUCCACUGAGGAACUCUGAGGAACACACAGCAGCACUGAAGGCGAUGCGGCAACUGGCGGCUAACAUUACGGCUACUAUGAGGGAAGUCCCCGGCACUGAUCCCAACUUCCAGGUCUUCCCAUACACAAUCACCUAUGUGUUUUAUGAACAGUACCUGACUAUCACCACCGUUGGCCUCAUCAACCUGGCCCUGUGCCUGGUGCCCACCUUUGCCGUCUGUUACAUCCUGCUGGGCCUGGACCUGCGCUCAGCCUUCAUCAACCUGCUCACCAUCAUCAUGAUUAUUGUGGACACUGUGGGCGCCAUGAACCUUUGGGGAAUCUCCUACAAUGCCGUCUCCCUUAUCAACUUGGUCACAGCCGUGGGCAUCUCUGUGGAAUUUGUCUCCCACAUCACUCUCUCCUUUGCUAUCAGCAAAAAAUCUACCAAACUGGAACGCUCCCGAGAAGCCACAAUCAACAUGGGAAGCGCGGUGUUUGCUGGUGUGGCAAUGACCAACUUGCCAGGUAUUGUGGUCCUGGCAUUUGCCAAGGCUCAAAUCAUCCAACUCUUCUUCUUCCGCCUGAACCUCAUCAUCACGCUCUUAGGGAUGCUGCACGGCCUGGUGUUUCUGCCGGUCAUCCUCAGCUACUUUGGGCCUUCUGUCCGUCAAGCAACGCCAAGAAUGGAGAACCCCUCCAUCCCUUUGGAAGGCAAACAAGCUCCUAGCAUUGACCAGACCUCUCCAAAUUAUCACAGCCAGGAUCCAGCCCCAAGCCCCAACCCUUGCAAAACUGGCCUCUAGAAGUCUCCACAGCUGUCUCCAGGACAGGAGCCUUGGCAAGAGGCCAGUCCACUUAGCAGCCAGCCUGAGCCGAAUGGGACAUUGGCAGUCAAGAGAGACAACGGGUCUUCCUGCUUUCCAUUGCAACACGUGAAGAGCUGGUUUCACAUAUGACGCUGAGCCACUCGAUAGCUUAUUUGUGGUUUAGAAUGUUGUGUUAUCCUAGCCAAUUGUGUGUGACUUCCAUCGACAAACCCGGUUAAAGCAAGUUAGUGAGAUCUGAUGCAGCUGGCAGUGAGUACACACAUCGUGCUAAGCCAUGGUUUAACCUUAGACUGCUUAAUAAAGCUACAACUCGUUGGGUUCACAUGACAUGCCAAGCCACAUCUCUGUGUGUGCAUGCGUCCACUGUCGAGGAAGCCUUGAUUCCUGGUGACUGCCCUGUAGCUUUCUUGGCAAAAUCUUUGGAGGUUGUUUGUCCCAUCUUCUUCCUAGAACUCAGACAGAGAGCCUGCUGCAGCCAUCCAGCUGGCUUCAUGCCCAAAUACCAGACCUUCGAGGGGGAUCAGAUUAGGAAACCAGGGCCUGUUAGUCAGUCCUACUAUUAUUGUAAAGCAGAAUCUUCCUUUUGUAGCAGAAUCUUUCAAGACUGAAUAUGCCUCCCUAAAGGGAGGGAGGGAGGAUAUGGAUUAAGGAAAGAUCUGCCUGAAAUAUUUUCUCAUUCUUGCCCCAACUCAGGUCUUCCUCUUAGCUGACCAUUACCUUGGGAGCAGUUUUCCUCCGGUCACUACAAAACAGGACUAGAACUCCUGGUGCGUUGAUCGCUACACCCAGACUAGCUCUCCUGCCACAUUUUGCUUAAUGUAUCUGAGCCCAGAAGGGCUUGCCAAAGAAACAGUGAUACGUGCAUAUCUAACAGAGCAGAUACCCAAAAUUAAGAUCCUUCAGACUCUUCUAUCUGUAUCUGUUUGAUAGUGUAUGAAUUUAGUUUCCAUCUAGAAUGGAGGAACUUUGUCUGAAACAUUAAUCAACUAGAGAAAUCAGGCAAACAAUUCUGAACCUUAGCUCAGAACUCAGUUACAGCUGGAUGGACCUUGGGUUUCUCCUCACAAUUCUUUGUCCUCCAAAGUCUCUACUGGAGACAGUUUGGGGCACCUGGUUAAUGCUCAGCUCUUCAGCAUUGGACUUAUCUUUUGUAUUGUCACCCUGGGUUCCAUAGACAACAGUAAGAACAACUCUUAGGUUAAAAAUGAAGUGUGUUCUCAAGUGCGCCUUAAAAUCAAUUUUCCAACAUUAAGUUGGAACUUAUGAGUAGAAAACUGCUGAAAACAGGGUGCCUAUUAAAAACGCAUAGCUUCAUGAAAACCUUGCCUGGCUCCAGUGUUGACUCGAAGACAGAGAAUGCUAUCUGCCAUUUGUACUAAUUGGCAGGCCAUUUAUAAGUCCAUAAGGCAGAUGUUCUUAACCCACAGGCUGCCUAUGGAAUAAAUAAUCCAUAAAUUAAACUAUAGUUUCUUGGGAGGAAUUUUUGACCUUACUGAUAAAACCAGAAGAAAAGAACUUCUAGGUCAAAACCUGACCACUGCUGCUGAAGCUACUUCCUCUUUUGCAUUACCUGAUUCUCCUCAGUAAUGUUAAAUAUGUCUGCCAUUCGAAGAAAAAGGAAAGAAGUUAUAAUAUUAUCUGAUAUUUUGAUUCCUGUUCUGUAUUGAUGGAGGCGGGGCAGGAAGAACAGUCCUCAAAAACAUUUUUGAAGUGUUUUGUUUCUAUCAUUCACUGAUGAAAUACCAAUAGCUUUAACUUGAAUUAUUUAUUCCUUAUUUUUUAUCCUCGUCUUUCACCAAAAUAACGCACAAGGUGGCUAACAA